AUGAAUGGGAAUUGUCGAUUAUGUUUAAACAUAGUUAACAGAAAACGUACCACAAUUGUGCAAAGCGAAUUUCGGAAGAUGAUGGAGACAGUUUUCUCCUUCUCGAUAGUCAACGAAGAAGGACUACCUUCGUAUGUAUGUACUGGAUGUUCUUCUGCAGUGCGUAACUUCUUCAGCUAUAGUCUAAAAGUGCAACAGAAUCAACGACAUCUGGAAAAGCAAUAUCGUACAUCGAACAAAUUAACUUCACCUAAACGGACCACCCGUAGCAGAGUUGUGAAUUUUUUGGAACAUCAUACUGACGACGAUGGAGGCGGCGAAGCAGAUUUUACUAACAUGGAUACAGAUUUUUCGUCAGCUUGUAAUAUUGCACUCGUUCAGGCAGAUCCCCUAUCGGAACUCUCUACGAUAGACUUAUCCUCUCAACACAUUAAGAUAAAGAACAACACAACGGAAAGCAUUGCUGCAAGAUAUAAACAAUUAAACAAUGUAUCCUUAAACAUGAAACAGCCACAAACGUCCGAUCUUCAGUACAGUUGCAAUGAGUGUGAGCUGAAACUUUCCAACAAAAUUCAACUAUACAAGCACCGGCGUGUUCAUCAAAAGAAAGAGUGCCCCGUAUGUAAUUUGCUGUUUCGAUCAGAUAAAAUCAAAGAACACUUCACGAAAAAACAUCCAGAUGAUAAACCGCUGCAAGCAGACGAUGAGUUGCGUUGUAUAAAUUGCCAGGAAUUAUUUAAAACUGGAACUCAACUCAAUAAUCACCUCCGGUUGCUAGAUCAGACGUUGAUCAGAUCACCAGAACAUUAUUUCAAAAGCGAGGUCAUAGACAAUAAAUGGGUUGAUAAUGAACGUGUAUACUAUUGCACGAAAAGGUACAAAUGCUGUAAAUGUGAAGAGAAAUUUGUCGAUAGGAAGCAAGUAGUCAAACAUCAGCGGCUUCACCGUACGACAGAGUGUCCGAUGUGUAACAAGAUACUACGAACGGAUAGAAUUAAGCAACACAUAGCGACACGACAUCCAAGGCACGAUGGAACGCAGAAUGUGCUCUACAAGUGUGCGGAGUGUAAAAAAUUGUUUGAAAAUGCCUCGCAACUAACGAUACAUCGAAUCUCCCACAAGAAGCAGGUGUGCCCAGUAUGUAAGGAGACGGCCACUUCUUCACACAUCAAAAAGCAUUUACAAUCGUUCAACAGCAUCCAUAUGUCCGAAGACUCAAAUGAGUUCUCGGACGGUAAUGUCGAAGUUAGUGAAACAAAUACGAAAAAUCAAUCCAUCCAGUGCUAUGAAUGUGGUCGAACCUUCCUGACGAAAUAUCAGCUACAGAAACAUCAACGCACUCAUCGAAAAAUGGAAUGUCCGGUGUGUCGAAAAUUGCUACGCUCACAUACGAUAUCAACGCACAUAGCCUUGAAACAUCCCGAACAGCGGACAAAUGUUGGGAAUGAGAAAUUACUUAAACUGGAACUAGCGUAA